GUACCCGAGGGCAGCUCGGCGCCCGGCUCAGGGGCGGUGGGAGGACUCGCGCUUUCCUUUCACUUUCUCAGGUCGCCAAACCCGACACCUGGGGACUGAACCAGACCUCCCACCACGCCGGCCCGGCAGGAGGAAGGCAGGGCGCAGGGCCGGGAAAGAAAACGAGCAUAAAGUCAACAUUACCUGCCGGCAGAGGUGCAUUCUAGAGGCAGGAGCCAUGCAGUUCUCUAGUUCCUCCAGGGGAGCAGAUGAGAAUUUUGACUAUUUGUUCAAGAUCAUCCUCAUUGGGGAUUCCAAUGUGGGCAAGACGUGUGUGGUGCAGCAUUUCAAAUCUGGGGUCUACACAGAGACACAGCAGAACACGAUUGGGGUGGACUUCACCGUGCGCUCCCUUGAGAUCGAUGGCAAGAAAGUGAAGAUGCAGGUGUGGGACACAGCAGGCCAGGAGCGUUUCCGGACCAUCACUCGGAGCUACUACCGUAGCGCCCACGCCGCCAUCAUCGCCUACGACCUCACCCGCCAGUCCACCUUCGAGUCUGUGCCUCACUGGAUCCACGAGAUAGAAAAAUACGGAGCGGCGAACUUGGUCAUUAUGCUGAUUGGGAACAAAUGUGACCUGUGGGAGAACCGGCAUGUCCUGUUUGAGGAUGCCUGCACCCUGGCUGAGAAGUACGGCCUUCUUGCUGUUUUAGAAACAUCUGCCAAGGAGUCUAAGAACAUAGACGAGGUCUUCAUGCUGAUGGCCAGGGAGCUGAUCGCCCGCAACAGCCUGCACUUAUUUGGGGAGAGCCCUGUGAACAGCCUGGCCCUGGAUUCUAGGCCAAUCCUUGUGGCCCAGGAUCCGAGGGAAAAGACCCACUGCUCGUGCUGAAAUGUGCACGAGGCCAGCCGCAGCCAGGAGACGCCGCGUUGGACGGGGAAAGGAGCCGGAUACCGUCGUCGGCCAUGCAGCAUCUCAAACCAAAGCAGACUUGCCGCUGGUCCUUAACCCUUCCCACCCAGAUGGGGACCACUGUGCCUGGGUUCACACCCCAGGCCAGACCUGCUGCCUCUGAGCAAAGCCACAC